CCGUCAAGGGGAGGGGGGGGUCCCCAGCGCCCAAGCCGGAGCAAGAGACGCGGAGCCCGCGCGAGCGGCGGAGACAGGGCUCCGGAGCCACAGAUCCGGGCCCCGGCCGCCGCCAGGGGCCCCGCCCGGUCCCCCCACCCCACCCCACGUCCCUCCUGCAGCCCAGCUCCGCCCGCAGCCUCCGCGGACCAGGUAGGCCAGCACCGCCGCCAUGAUGUGCGAGGUGAUGCCCACCAUCAGCGAGGAUGGCCGGCGGGGUUCGGCGCUGGGCCCGGACGAGGCGGGCGGCGAACUGGAGCGCCUCAUGGUCACGAUGCUCACGGAGCGCGAGCGCCUGCUCGAGACGCUGCGCGAGGCGCAGGACGGACUGGCUACGGCGCAGUUGCGGCUGCGCGAGCUGGGCCACGAAAAGGACUCGCUGCAGCGCCAGCUCAGCAUCGCGCUGCCCCAGGAAUUUGCGGCUCUGACGAAGGAACUGAAUUUGUGUCGGGAGCAGCUACUGGAACGGGAGGAAGAAAUUGCGGAGCUGAAGGCAGAGCGGAACAAUACUCGGCUUCUCCUAGAACACCUGGAGUGCCUGGUGUCCAGGCACGAGAGGUCACUGCGUAUGACUGUGGUAAAGCGCCAGGCCCAGUCCCCGGGAGGGGUCUCUUCUGAGGUGGAGGUACUCAAGGCUCUAAAAUCCCUCUUCGAGCACCACAAGGCCCUGGAUGAGAAGGUCCGGGAGCGGCUGCGAAUGGCGCUGGAGCGGGUGGCAGUGCUAGAGGAAGAGUUGGAGCUGAGCAAUCAGGAGACUCUGAGCCUUCGAGAACAGCUGUCUAGGCGCCGGUCAGGGCUAGAGGAGCCCGGCAAGGAUGGGGAUGGGCAGACUCUUGCCAAUGGCCUGGGUCCUGGCGGGGAUUCGAACCGGCGCACGGCAGAGCUGGAGGAGGCCCUGGAGCGGCAGCGGGCAGAGGUGUGCCAGCUGCGGGAGCGCCUGGCGGUGUUGUGCCGCCAGAUGAGCCAGCUGGAGGAGGAGCUGGGCACUGCCCACCGCGAGCUGGGUAAGGCCGAGGAAGCUAACGCCAAGCUCCAGCGCGACCUCAAGGAGGCGCUGGCGCAGCGGGAGGAUAUGGAAGAGCGGAUCACAACGCUAGAGAAGCGCUACCUGAGUGCCCAGCGAGAGGCCACGUCUCUGCACGACGCCAACGACAAGUUGGAAAACGAGCUGGCCAGCAAGGAGUCGCUGUACCGGCAGAGUGAAGAGAAGAGCCGUCAGCUGGCCGAGUGGCUGGACGACGCUAAGCAGAAGCUGCAGCAGACGCUGCAGAAGGCGGAGACCUUGCCGGAGAUAGAGGCACAGCUGGCCCAGCGAGUGGCGGCGCUCAACAAGGCUGAGGAACGUCAUGGGAAUUUUGAGGAGCGGCUUCGGCAGCUGGAGGCCCAGUUGGAGGAGAAGAACCAGGAGCUGCAGCGGGCCCGGCAGCGGGAGAAGAUGAACGAUGACCACAAUAAGCGGCUGUCCGAGACAGUGGACAAGCUGCUGAGUGAGUCCAACGAACGGCUGCAGCUGCACCUCAAGGAGCGCAUGGGGGCGCUGGAGGAGAAGAACUCACUAAGCGAGGAGAUCGCCAACAUGAAGAAGCUUCAGGAUGAGCUGCUGCUCAACAAGGAGCAGCUCUUGGCGGAGAUGGAGCGGAUGCAGAUGGAGAUUGACCAGCUGCGGGGGAGGCCACCAUCCUCCUACUCCAGAUCUCUCCCUGGCAGUGCCCUGGAGCUCCGUUAUUCCCAGGCACCCACAUUACCUUCUGGCGCCCACCUGGAUCCCUAUGGGGCUGGCAGUGGCCGGGCAAGCAAGAGGGGUCGCUGGUCAGGGGUCAAAGAUGAGCCCUCUAAGGAGUGGGAGCGGUCUACCCCUGCAGGGUCCAUGCCACCUCCAUUCCCUGGGGAGCUGGAUGGCUCAGAUGAAGAGGAGGCGGAGGGGAUGUUUGGAGCUGAGUUGCUAUCUCCCAGUGGGCAGGCUGAUGUACAGACACUGGCCAUCAUGCUUCAGGAGCAGCUGGAAGCCAUCAACAAAGAGAUCAAGUUAAUACAAGAGGAGAAGGAGACAACAGAACAGAGGGCAGAAGAGCUGGAGAGCCGGGUGUCUGGCUCGGGCCUGGACUCACUGGGCCGCUACCGCAGUAGCUGCUCACUGCCCCCCUCCCUCACCACCUCUACCCUUGCCAGCCCCUCCCCUCCCAGCUCUGGCCACUCAACACCCCGUCUGGCACCCCCUAGCCCUGCCCGUGAGGGCACCGACAAAGCUAAUCAUGCCCCCAAGGAGGAAGCUGGGGCUCCACGAAUGGAGGGACCAGCAAUCCCAGGAGACACCCCACCUCCCACUCCUCGUUCUGCCCGCCUUGAGAGAAUGACCCAGGCCUUGGCACUGCAGGCAGGAUCCCUGGAAGAUGGAGGGCCCUCACGGGGAAGUGAGGGCACCCCAGAUUCCCUGCACAAAGCUCCCAAGAAGAAGAGCAUCAAGUCAUCCAUAGGCCGUCUCUUUGGCAAGAAGGAGAAGGGGCGAAUGGGACCACCAGGUCGGGACAGCUCUUCUCUGGCUGGAACACCCUCAGACGAGACAUUGGCCACUGACCCUCUGGGGCUAGCCAAGCUGACAGGCCCAGGAGACAAGGACCGAAGGAACAAGAGGAAGCAUGAACUUCUGGAAGAGGCCUGCCGUCAGGGCCUGCCUUUUGCUGCCUGGGAUGGGCCCACUGUGGUCUCCUGGCUAGAGCUGUGGGUAGGCAUGCCUGCGUGGUAUGUGGCCGCCUGCCGGGCCAAUGUCAAGAGUGGUGCCAUCAUGGCCAACUUGUCAGACACGGAGAUCCAGCGCGAGAUCGGCAUCAGCAACCCACUGCACCGGCUCAAGCUGCGCCUCGCUAUCCAGGAGAUGGUCUCACUCACCUCACCCUCUGCUCCUGCCUCCUCCCGCACUUCCACAGGAAACGUGUGGAUGACACAUGAAGAGAUGGAGUCUCUUACCGCGACGACCAAGCCUGAGACCAAGGAGAUCAGCUGGGAGCAGAUCCUGGCAUAUGGCGACAUGAACCAUGAAUGGGUGGGGAACGACUGGCUGCCCAGCCUGGGGCUGCCCCAGUACCGCAGCUACUUCAUGGAGUCGCUGGUGGAUGCCCGAAUGUUAGAUCAUCUUAACAAGAAGGAGCUCCGGGGCCAACUCAAGAUGGUGGACAGCUUCCACAGGGUGAGUCUGCAUUACGGGAUCAUGUGCCUGAAACGACUCAACUAUGACCGGAAGGACUUGGAGCGGAGGCGGGAAGAGAGUCAGACCCAGAUCCGAGACGUGAUGGUGUGGUCCAAUGAGCGGGUCAUGGGUUGGGUGUCCGGGCUGGGACUGAAGGAAUUCGCCACGAACCUCACGGAGAGCGGGGUGCACGGGGCGCUGCUCGCCCUGGACGAGACCUUCGACUACUCUGACCUGGCCUUGCUCCUGCAGAUCCCCACACAGAAUGCACAGGCCCGGCAGCUCUUGGAGAAGGAAUUCAGCAACCUCAUCUCCUUGGGCACAGACAGGCGGCUGGAUGAGGACAGUGCCAAGUCCUUCAGCCGCUCCCCAUCCUGGCGGAAGAUGUUCCGAGAGAAGGACCUCCGAGGCGUAACGCCUGACUCAGCUGAGAUGUUGCCACCCAACUUUCGUUCGGCCGCAGCAGGGGCCCUGGGCUCGCCGGGGCUCCCUCUCCGCAAGCUGCAGCCGGAAGGCCAGACUUCUGGGAGUUCCCGGGCAGACGGCGUUUCUGUCCGGACCUAUUCCUGCUAGUGUACGCCUCCAGGUGAGGACUGUACUGGGCGCUCUUGGGGUUCUGGGCGGCACAAUGGAUCUUCACAGCUGCACGCACUGCCUGGCGUCAAUGCAGGUGACCUUACUCGGACGGAAGAACCUUUCAGAGGCUGGGCUGUUUCCCCUCCUGCCCAGAGUAUGGUCUCGCCGGGGAGAGCUUGCUGGGGAGCUCACGCCACGGACUGGACCAUCUGUACAGACAAGCGGGGAAUGCCGGUCCCUGCCUCACAAAUGGACUGGGCCUGGACCAAACCACAUGCACUGGACUGAGAGGGGGGAAGAAGAAGGCAGGAAGAAAUCCCGCCCCAAACUUCCACCUCUCUUUCCAAUACUUUGUAAUUUAUUGAUCAGUUUCCGAUGGGAGAUGGGUGCCCUUUCCCCGCGGGAAGGGGGCGGGGCUUCCCUCCCGGGCCGCAUGCGGGGAGAGGCUGCCCCCUCCCCUUUCUUCCCAGUCGCGGGGCCCAAGUCGUCCUUCUUCGUCCGAAAGGAGGGGAGGGAGGACUCGCUGCUAAAAGCCUCGCCCUUUGUGCCACUCAGCCCUGCCCCGCGGCGUCCGGUCGCCGCUGCCUGGGGUCAGCCGCGGGCGGGGCUCCCUCUCUCUCCCCAGUGUCUCGUGUCCCCGAGGCCCCUCCGCCCCCCGUGCUGUGGCCGUGUCCGUGCCCCGGGGGGGGGUAGGGGGUGCAGAACUGCGCUCCCCGUUCCGCUCCAGCUCCGGGGUUUGCAUGGGAGAAUCCUCUUUCCACGAUGCCCCUGGGCGACGUGGCGUGGGGAGAGGAAAGACGGUGGGGAAGCCCUCGCCCCCGACUCUUGGUCGGCCUCCCUGCCCCAGGCGUCACUCAGUGAUCACGGGUAAAGAGAACUGUUUCAAAAAGCUCCCGUGUUGACUGAUUUAUUUAUCAGGACCUAGCAACCAACC